AUGCGUCGCGACAUCCUCGUCCUCUCCCUCUUUAGCGGGGGUGAGGUUCUUAACUUAAUGAACGUCUAUUCUGACAAUCAACACACAGCCAUUGAGCACCUUGCUGCUCAUGUGCAUUCUCUACCACCCUUCAUUUAUAUGGCCGGUGACUUCAACUGCGUGUCAACGACUUGGGAUGACUAUGAGCAUGGCGAGUCGUCGACGGCAAUAUCCCUGCGGGACACCGCAUCUCAGAUCGGCCUCGAGUGGGCACGACCUUCUAACCAUGGACCGACGCAGAUCAGUCCUAAUCCAAACCAGAGAUCCAAUGUCUUGGAUCUUGUAUUCUUAGCUCCAUCUGAGAUUCUAAUCUCGAUGCCCAGAUUGGAGCGUGAUCUCCAGGGUCUGUCAGAUCAUGUCCCGAUCUGCACAGAUCUUGAUAUCGGUCCCGAACCGCCUGGAUCUGGGCAACGGACAAUUAAACCCGGAGGCGAGGCUGAAAAGUCUUUCAUUUCGGAUAUUCUCCGGGAUCUUGCAGCUAUUCCUGUUGCAGCCCCGGCAACCAAGGAAGGCGUUGAAGCUUUAGCCGAUGCUAUUGCAACAGCGUUCUCGGACGCUUGGCUUGCCCAUUUGACCGAGUCCAAACCUACCAAGCGCUCCAAAUCCUGGUGGACGGAUGAGUGCUUGGAAACAUUCAGAGUAUAUCAGUUGAGCUGUUCGCUCGCUGAUUACAACAAGUUUAAGAAGGCGUGUAAGGACGCCAAGCGUGAUUUCUUUGAUGAACGCAUCGCAGAAAUCGCUACCUCUCGCAAGCGCCCGUGGGACCUAAUGGAAUGGGUCAAACAGCGCAAGCUACCACCCUGUGAGGCUAUUUGCAAUGGCGAUCAGCCUUGCCAUGAUAUGGACGACCUCUGGGACGCCCUCCACGGCACGUACAACUCGGCCUCUGGUCGCGAGUACGACGCCUCAGUCUUAGACGAGCUUCCCGACGAGCCGGUCUGUGAGUGGGCUGACUUCUCGGAGCAUGAGUUGUUGUGUGCCCUAAAGGGGUGCUCCAACUCCUCUGCACCAGGACCGGACCAUGUUACAUGGGUCCACCUAAAAGAGUUGCUCAAGGAUAAACACGUCCUUGCGCUCUUCAUCGUGCUGGCUAACGCCUGCCUUCAGGUGGGUCAUUGGCCGCAUAUAUUCAAGGAGUCGCUAUCGGUUAUCGUUCUGAAACCGAAUAAGCCUUCCUACGCCGUACCGAAGGCCUUCAGGCUGAUCGUACUCCUCAUCACUUUUGGUAAACUUAUCGAAAAGAUGAUUGCCAACAGGAUACAGUUUGACGCUGUCAAGCAUGAUAUCUUCCAUCCCAACCAACUUGGCGGUAUCCGCCAGAGGUCCACUGAGGAUGCUGGAUUGAUUUUGACUCAUCUCGUGUGA